ACUAAUGAGUAGAAUCAAUAAAAAUGUGGUUUUGGCCCUUUUAACUUUGGCAAGUUCUGCAUUUCUGCUGUUUCAGUUGUACUACUACAAGCACUAUUUAUCAGCAAAGAAUGGAACUGGUUCAUCCAAGGCCAAAGGAAACAGAAUUGGAUUUGAUAGCACCCAGUGGCGUGCAGUUAAAAAAUUUAUUAUGCUGACAUCAAGUCAGAAUGUACCAGUGUUCUUAAUUGAUCCUUUGAUUCUGGAAUUGAUCAGUAAAAAUUCUGAACAAAUAAAAAAUACUUCAUAUGGCACCACUACAGACUGCAAGUUUUUCUGUGUUCCAAGGGACUUCACGACAUUUGCACUACAGAAUCACCUUUGGAAGAAUGAGGAAGGCUGGUUUCGUAUAGCUGAGAAUAUGGGAUUCCAGUGUGUAAAGAUUCAGAGCAAAGAUCCUCGUCUAGAUGGAAUAGACUCGCUUUCUGGAACGGAAAUCCCCCUGCACUACAUCUGUAAACUGGCUACUCAUGCCAUCCACCUGGUGAUCUUUCAUGAAAGAAGUGGCAACUACCUCUGGCAUGGCCAUCUACGACUCAAAGGCCAUAUUGACAGAAAAUUUGUUCCUUUUCGAAAAUUGCAUUUUGGUCGUUAUCCUGGAGCUUUUGACAGACCAGAAUUGCAACAAAUUACCAUUGAUGGACUAGAAGUUCACAUUCCAAAAGAGCCAGUGCACUUUCUAGAGGAAUUACCACACUCGAGAUUUAUUGAGUGUAGGUAUAAAGAAGCUCGAGCAUUCUUUCAGCAAUAUCUUGAUGAUAACACUGCAGAAGCCAUAGCUUUUCGGAAGAGUGCAAAGGAAUUAUUGCAGCUAGCAGCCAAAACUUUAAAGAAAUUGGGAGUUCGAUUCUGGCUGAGCAGUGGCACUUGUCUGGGCUGGUAUCGCCAGUGCAACAUUAUUCCUUAUAGCAAAGAUGUUGAUCUAGGGAUUUUUAUACAAGAUUACAAAGCAGAUAUUAUUACAACGUUUCAGGAUGCAGGCCUUCCACUCAAACACAAAUUUGGAAAGGUAGAAGACAGCUUGGAACUAUCUUUCCAGGGAAAAGAUGAUGUGAAGCUUGACAUUUUUUUCUUCUAUGAAGAGACUGACCAUAUAUGGAAUGGAGGCACUCAGGCCAAAUCAGGAAAAAAAUUUAAAUACCUGUUUCCCAAGUUUACACUGUGCUGGACAGAAUUUGUUGACAUGAAGGUUCAUGUGCCUUGUGAAACCAUUGAAUACAUUGAAGCCAACUAUGGUAAGACCUGGAAGAUUCCUGUGAAGACGUGGGACUGGAAGAACUCUCCCCCCAAUGUGCAGCCCAAUGGAAUCUGGCCUAUUUCCGAGUGGGAUGAGGUUAUUCAGUUAUACUGAGACACUUGAUCAAAAUGGGAGGAGUCUCUGGAAAAACGAUGGCUAACUGUUUAGAAAGAUACAUAGUGAUUUGUCAGAUACAAAUGAGAGCCAAA